AUGGAAACGGAGAGCGACGAACAACUUGACUACCUGAGAUGGCUGGACCUGCAACCAGCGAGGUCAGUUCUGUAUGUCUCCAUGGGCAGCUACUUGUCCUUUCCAGCAACACAGGUGGAGGAAAUCGCGGCAGGUUUGAGCCAGAGCGGGGUUCGGUUCCUGUGGGUGGCUCGUGGCGAGGCGACGAGACUGCAGAAGGCCUGGGGAGGCGACAGGGGACUCAUGGUGCCAUGGUGUGAACAGUUGAAGGUGCUUCACCACCCUUCGGUAGGCGGGUUCUGGACACACUGCGGAUGGAACUCCGUGCAGGAAUGCGUGCUCUAUGCCGGGGUUCCGAUGCUGACGUGGCCUCUCGGCAUCGACCAAUUGCACAGCAGCAAGGUGAUCGUCGAGGAUUGGAGGAUCGGGUGGAAGGUGAAGGAGGAAGCUUGGAUGGGUAGAGAGCGAGUGGCGGGAAUUGUGAAGAAGUUCAUGGAUUGUGAGAACGCCGAAGUGAAAGAGAUAGUUCAGUUUAGAACCAUAGCUAACGUCAUUCCACCAGAGCGCCUGAAAGCUGGUGAUUUUCCUGGAUUCUAUGAAGCUGUGAUGACAGAGAUGGAAUCCCCCUUCGAACAGCUCCUGGAUCAGCUCCAACCUCCGGCGACUGCGAUUAUCGGAGACAUUGAAGUCAGAUGGGCUAUGGGAGUGGGCAACCGCAGGAAUAUUCCAGUGGCGGCUUUCUGGACGAUGUCAGCUUCCUUCUUUUCCAUAUACGUACGUCUUCCUUUGCAAUUCAGCUGCGCGAUUUUUGUGAUAUUUUGUUUUUCAUUUUUUACAAUUAUAAUUUUUUUGUGA